GACAGGAACAGCCACUCCCUCCCCUCUGCAGCACCCGCAGAGGCCCCAAGGCAAGGAUGCUUGCCCUGCAGAUGUCAGCAGUCUGUGUUUCAUGAGCUCUUGCAGGAGGCUCGAGAAGCUGCAGGGGCCAUUCACUGUUGCUGGGCAACCUGGCUACCGAAACGACAACGGCGUCGGUGGGGCUGAAGCCCGUGUGUCCCGGGCUCUCCAGCAGCUCCCAGCGCUGCCUGCAGGAAGGGACCCGGCCCCACGGCCCUGCCAGGGGUACGGCAGCACCAUGUUCGCCACAGUGAGAUUCGGAGCCAACUGCCAGGAGAUGGUGAACCUGCUCUGCUGUGUCCGGACCCUCACAGCUCACCUGAAGUGGAAGUGUCAGUGCAGGCCUGAAGACUGCAUUGAUCUGAUGGAUGAAAAGGGCACCCUGAUGAACCUGAGCAAAGUGGAAGAUCCUGCAUCUGAAUAUGCCAGUAAAUACCUGCAGGGAAGGCAGCGCUACAUCCUCGUCAGAGCUGUCCGAGAAGAAAACCCUGAAGCCACCUGCUACGAAUCCUUGCUUGAGGACCUGGGGAAACACUACCCUGAUCUCCCAGCAGGAAAACACAGUUCUGGAAGGGCUUGGUCACUCCACAGAUCGGCUGCAGCAGCUCUCAGGAAAGACUCAGAGGACAGACCAGAGGAAGAAGGGCUCCUCGCAGAGGGCCCAGCCUCACAGCAGCACCCGAGCCAGGAACAGGACCACCUUACAGAGCAAGAAGAGCUUGAAACACAAGAACACCCCUAAGUGAGGAACAGACCCAUUACUGGUCACAAAGGCAGCGCAGCCUCCACCAGGGCCCAAGCACCUGCCCAGGUACUUAUUCCCAGCACAGCAAGAGUCCCCUGCUACUGAGCCCCUCUCCCUGUGGUCCCCUGCCCCCCCCAGAGCUUCACACUACUACAUCCCAAGCUGCACCCUGACAAACCCAGCAUCACAGCCAGGCACAGGCACCAUCCUCCUGCUUCAGGGGUCUCGUGUUCCCUGGCAUGGCCUGCACUCCCCAGGGACAAGAACCUGCACUCCUAUCACUGCAUGGGCCUGCUUCCCACUGCAGCACUCUGGAGGCCCUGCAGGGACUGUCCACUGCAAUCACCAGGAAAAGCUGCUCCAGAGACAGCCAGUCCCCACAACUGCAGAAGGAGCACUUGGCAAGAUGGGUCAAAGGCAGAACACACCUGCUGCAGGUGCUGCUGCAGGUUCUCCUUAACAGCUUCUCCACCCAGAGCAACACACCAACAGGCUAACACUUAUUUCUUAAAGGGAGUUAAACAGCUUUGGAGUGGUUCCUCCCUGCUCACACAGGACAGCACAUGGAGCACUUGGGCUUUUAAUCUCUGCCAUCUACCUUUUCCCCUGGCUGUCUCUAAGGAGAGCACAAGAUACCCCUGAUAAGGCCAGGCACAGCUCAGGACAUCCCUACCAAGAACUUAAGGCUAUGACAUUUAGAAGGGGCAGGACUUCCAACAGUAGCCUCUAGUAGCUGCUGCCAGCAUUUACCACCUAGAUUUGGAUUUCCUCACAGAUCCCAGCAAGAGGCUGAGAACUUGUCCUUUAUUCAACAGUCAGAGAUCAAAAGGUAAAAAUACUCAUUUUGCCAUGAAAAAUGUCAUCAGUUAAGCACCUGAAAAGUGUCCUAGUUUCACUGUGCCACUAAAACUCCAGCUGAAACCUCAGAAUUCCCUCUUAGACCACUGUGAGGAACAGGGUAUCCUGCCAGAGGCCAGGCCAUGGGCAGCAAUCACGAGGCUGUGCUGCCAAGGUGACUGGAAGAGGAAAGCAGCUCCAAACUUCACCUGAUGCCAGUGACCUUGAGAACAUUGCAUAACCUUCUAAAGCUUCAAAGUCAGAUCAGCCAACUGUAUCCACGUCCCACAGCCAGACAGGUCACACUCUUAGCUCUGAGGGCAGGACAGGUACUCAGGAAGAGGAUAUCUACAGAGAAGUAAUUUGUCACUGAAAAUACCACGGGACACGUGUUGGCUUACCUCUCUGCUGCCUCUCCUCUGCCUGGAGGGCAGCCAGUGUCUGGACCUCCUUCUGCCAAGUCAUGCAGGCACAGUCCUUGCCAGGCUGUACCCCUGUUUGCAGGAAGUACACACUUGUGCCUUGUCCUCUGGCUGACAAUGCUAAUGCUUUGGUAGCUUAGUUUUACCUUAAGAAUUAAAUAAAGAGCGUGCACAGGU